ACCCUGCCAUGCCGCCCCCGGCCCCUCCGCCCCCUGCCCGGCCCGGCCAGGCCUUCACCAUCGCAGCGCUGCUGGGACGCUCCUCGCCCCCCCCGGCACCGCCGCCACCACCGACCCCUCCGCUGCCGCCGCUGCCGCACUGGGGGGCACCUCCCGGGCCGCUCUGCGCUGCGUGCUGCGGACCCCCGCCCGCCUGGGCUGCUCGCCUCGGAGCCACAGGGUUCCUGCUCUCCAAGUGCUGCUUCCCCAUCUUCAAAACCAAGGCUGGCAAAGCCAAGCGGGUGCGCACCAUCUUCACCAGCGACCAACUGGCACGGCUGGAGAAGGAGUUUGCCCGGCAGCAGUACAUGGUGGGCACGGAGAGGUGCCUGCUUGCCUCUGCACUGCACCUCACCGAGGAGCAGGUGAAAGUCUGGUUCCAAAACCGAAGGAUCAAAUGGAGGAAGCAAAGCCUGGAGCAGCAGCAAGCCAAACUGGCCAAGAUGGGCCUGGCCACCCCACAGAGGAGCCCUGACUCCCAGAGCCACCGUGGCGAUGAGGACAAGGACUGCCCAAUGGGGGCUGAGGACCUCCGGGAGGACACGGGCUCACCCCUGGGCUCGGGGGCUGCACCUCCCUCUGCACAGACUGUGGCAAAGUGCUGCUGAGCUGCCCGACCCGCCAGGGCUGCUUAUUUUUGUGUAUUAUAUGUGAAUGUAUCAUAGCUGGCAAUGGGGGUAUCUAAUAUAUACAGGGCGUUGGAUUAUUUUUGCAGUGCGAAAAUAAAUUAUUUAUGCAACUCUUGGUUUAGAG